AAAAAGUACAAAGCUUACAACACUCGUAAUAGUCGUAAUUAAAUCAUAUUCGUCGCGGAUUGUGUUUUUACUUGAAUUGAAAAACAUUACUGCUGCCUACCUAUACGAUGGAUUUUUUACUAAAAGUUUUAUUGAUUUCAGGUUAUUUGGCUACUUUAACGGUUUCAUCACCAUUGAACGAAUACAGUCCAGAGCUAAAAAAUACCUACGCCGAAGAAUGUAAAAAAGAGCUAAAUGCGAGUAAAGAGGAUUUCCUUAUUUUAAAUUCCGAGAAAGUGCCCAAAAACGAAGUUCAAAGUUGCCUGGUGGAUUGCCUUUACACCAAAUUAGGAGCGAUCAAAGGUGAGAAAUGGGAUGAAGAUGCGCAUAUACGCAUAAUCAAAACAAAAUAUGCCAACGAGAAAGAGAAAUUUUCCGAAGUUAAGAAGAAAAUUAAGAAAUGUGCUGCAGAAGCUAAAAAAUCUCCCAAUGAAACUUGUGGCAUAGGAAAAAAUUUGAGAACCUGCUUGGAUGUUCUUAAAAAAAACAAAAAUACAUCGAAGUCGACGAAUGCCAAGAAUAAAGAUAACGAAACCUCGCAAUCGUAGAAAUAUGAUAGAUGAUAUCAUUAUCUGAGUUUUCGCAAAUCUUUGCCCAGCCCAGAUUGAUUCUCAAAUAAGUGCUUAGGUAUCGAGUUCAUAGACCUAACCAAUUUUUAAUACUUAUCAUGCUAUGUUGAAUAAUUCAUGUAACUUGAUAAUUAUAUUUACAUUAGGUA